AUGUCGAAAACACAACGCGAACCUCGUCUCUAUGAGCUUCUUGCAAAUAGCAGGAAUUGCAGUAUCUUUUCCGACAUCCUCUUUAAAUACCCGGAAUUGCAAGAGCUCUUGCUUUCGCUUAAAAAGUGCACCGUAUUCCUGGUACCAAGCAACACAUUCCUCAAGACUCUCCAACCAAAACCAUGGCUACCUUCUUCAACAAUCUCACCAAGCGACAAUGAUGCCGCUAUUCAAGAAUACAACGCUGACAAAAUGCUGCAUGAUUUGGUGAAAGCACACAUCGUUCCAAAUGCGUUGUCGUUAGAGCCAGGAAAAAAAUAUAAAACACUUGGUGAUAUAACGGUUUGCCUCACGCAAAACAACCAAGGCGAAUGCUUGAUUAACAAUAGCAUAUUGAUCCUCUCUCAACGUCAAGCAAAAAAUGGCAGUUUAUUAAUCAUUAACGAAACAUUAUCUGCACCAGGUAUUUGA